AUGAUAAAAAACCAUAUCUUGUACGAUGUUACGGAACUCUUUGUAUGUAGAACUGUGAAUUACGAUUUAAACAUGGCUCAAGAAAAACCCAUAUUUGAUUACCGCGAAGAAAGCCAAGGUGAAAAAUUGGCGCGCAAAACUAAAGAAUCUCCAUUUAUGGUAAUUGGAUUAGCGGGUUUAGCCACAGCCGUUGGUUAUGGAGCAUACGCAUAUAAGAACAGAGGGACUAUGAGCACCAGUGUCUAUCUCAUGCAGUUUCGUGUCAUCUCACAAGGCCUUGUAGUAGGGGCUCUUACUGCCGGCAUGGCGUACACUCUAUUCAACAACCACUUUAACAAACCAAAAGCAAUUAGUAGUAGUGUCAUAUCUAAAAAUGAACAU